UAUAAAUCGCUCGUGCGCGGGUAAAGGGGUAUAAGUCAGAAUAUUUAUAAAAUGAGGUUAACGCAAAAUUCGACACCACUUUUCAAGAUCUUGAAUUGUGUAAAAGGGUAUAACUCUAGCCGCGUUUAAAAUCCGUAUUUUCAAUUGUGUAAAACAGGUUUAAAAUAUGUAUAUAUAGGGAGUAUGGAUAUAUAUCAUUAUAUAUCCGUUUUCACAAGAAGCUGGUUUGGCGUAAAGCGAUUUAACAUGACUUAUACCUCUUUACCCUAAUCACAGAACAACCCACGUUAUUUUGUGCCGUACGAAUAUGUCACUAUUAUUUUUGUUUACAUAUUUUUAAUGACGCAUGGCGUGUUGAAUGCUUAGCAAAAUAAUCGACAUAAUUUGGUUUUAAACAAGUUUAGAAACCUUUGGUUGCUUAAAUAAGUUCUAGAACCCUGCCAGAACAGGCAAAGAAGACUAUAGAACGUCCUGUUUGGGUUAAAGUGCAUAGUUUUGUCAUUAGUUUAAGUGAGGUUAUGGCUUCAAAAAGAACAAAAUUAAUGAUUGAUAUGUGCAAAGAAAAUGGAUUUGAUAAUCUUUGUGCCGUUGAGGAUGGUAAGCAGACUUGGCAAGAGAUUUGUUGUACAAGCACCAAUGUCAUAGACCAGAUACCAUCUACUUCACAGGAUGUUUUAACAGAGAUGUCAGAGCAAUCUAAUAAGAAGGAAUUCGUUACUUUGCAUAAUGUUCCUUUAUCUACAACACCGUAUUUUGAGGAUGAUGUGUCAUCUAUACACGAGGUUCUGCCAUCACCAGGUAACGAACAAUUAGGUGAUGAUCCUGGCGAUUGUGACGACAGCGAUAAGGAUAAAGACUACGCCCCAGAGUCAGAAAGUUCAGAUUCUGAUAUGGUUAAUCUACAGCAACUUGCAGAUAAAAUAAAAAAGAAAAACAACAAUUCGGCGGGUCAAGUGGAAAAUGUUAUUAAAGAAAAUAGGCGAGGUCGGAAAACAGUAAAGGAAGAAACCAGGGAGAAAAGAAAGUUAAGAAAAACAAACAGAAAUUUGGGUAGGGAAUAUACUACCAGCAAGGGGAAACUUAUCAGAAAAAGAGAGAGAAGACCUUUAUGCUCUUGUAGGAAUGGAUGUUGUAGUAAAGUAGAUGAUGUUCAGUUGGACAUGCUUUUUGAUUAUUUCUGGUCAAUUGGCGACUUUGACGAGAGGGUUGCCUAUACCGCAAGUCUUAUUACGAAACAAAGAAAGAAAACAGCAAUAACGUCAGAAAGGAAGAAAAAGCGAGACUGUGUUAACGUUUUUCAUUUGAAAGUUAAUGGCGAGUUGAUUCAAGUUUGUAAAGGGUGCUUUGAAAAAACCUUCGAUAUUUCUAAUAAAUUUAUAACGACUGUAUUAUUAAAAAUGAACUCAACAGGAAUAUGUGAAAAAGAUAAAAGAGGUCGUAAAGAGCCUCCAAACAAAAUAAGUGAAAACAGUUUGCAGCUAGUAAAAGAUCACAUAGCUUCCAUUCCAACCUACGAAAGCCAUUAUUUUCAUUUGUUUUAUAAUUGA